AUGGCGUCCAAGAGAGCCAUGGGCAUGAAUGUUGUAACCUUUGAUGGAGAAGGUGGUUCAAACACAAUAUCUCAUAUCGUGAUCCUCAAAGACAUGAUCUCGCGGAUCAAUUGGGACCGUGAACGGUCUGGGCAAGAACCUCUUGAGCUGGCGGAUCUGGUUCAAGUGAUGGGUGGAACCGGCCUCGGAGGCGUCGUCGCAGUCCUGCUCGGAGGUUUGCGGAUGAGUCCAGACGAAGCAAUGGAAGAGCUGGCUCGUCUAAUUCAUGAAGUCUUCAACGUUCAUGACCUCUCAGCGGAUGCGCGCUCUCAAAAGUUAGAAGUUUAUUUCGCACAGGUUCUAAAACGAUAUAAUCUCCACCCGACGAUCACCUUGCGGCAACUAUCGCACAUUAAACACACACCACUCUUAAUUCUUGGAUGCGGAGUUGCUAGUAACUCGACGGCGUUUCGCCCAUUAUCGACACACCCACUCAGGAAUUUCAACCAAGAAUGCGAUAUCACCGUUGUGCAAGCCAUUCGCGCCACGUGUGCGACUCAGCAUUUUAGGCCUGUCUCUGUUGGCCCCGAAAAUUUUCAAGAAGAGCUCGUAUCCUGUACAGGUCUAUACGCAAAUCCGAGCAAGGAGAUUUAUUAUCUCAUCCUCAAGGCCUUCGGGGAAGGGAUUUCCUGCCUAAUUAGCCUUGGCAACGGCAUCCCGUCCAUUAUCAAAGGGUGGACCUCCCCGGCCACGCUUUUGUACUUAGAAGUAAAUCGGACAGUGGACGAUAUGCACAGAGAGCUCGGACCCACCUCUCGGUUUUUUCGAUUCUCUGUGGAUAGAGAGUCAACACCCGACAAUGCAACACUUGCGGGCUUUGGUGAAAUUAUUUCUCACACCAAAAGCUAUCUUAGCAGUUCGGUGGUAGAAGGAAGACUAGAAAUUUGCUGUUUGGCAAUGAGGGGCCAGCUAGAAGUUCCCAAGAUCACAUUCGAACGUUGUUCAGGUUCGAUUCAGGGGAACGAUACAUCUUUUCAUACCGGCGAUGAGUAUAAUGGAAACACUGCAGUCGAGGGGGCGUUGGCGUGGGCCAGGAAUAUGACGACGCCUUCUCGGAUCCUACUUCUCAGCAAUCUUCCUGGUUGCUUCGAAACUUCAUUUGCCGAAGGUCUCAGCGUUCAGCUCAAGAAUGACGGAAGGCUGGCUUUCGUCUACUCAUUUUCAACAAAGAACGGGAAGACUCCGCAAGCGGUCGAUCUCUGUCAUGCGGUAUUCUUCGACCUAUGCUCGUUCUUCGUCAGCCUACGGCCGUUGUUGCGGUCUAUGCGACCCCACAUCCCUCUCAUCCUCCGCCACAAUCUACGCACACAGUGGGAAACCCUUGUGGUCGACACCCUCAAGCGCCUUCAUCGACCUUCGACGAUUGUCAUCGAUGCGCUUGAAGAGUGCAGCUCUUCCGAAAGAACCGAGGUUCUCUCACUGCUUCUCGAUACUUUUUGUGGACCUAAUGCUGUACUGCCCAAGUUCAAGGUAGUUGUUGUAUGUCGCCGCGUCAAGUCGGACAUGCUCGACAUUCUGUCGCGGUCGGAGUACGUCAGGAUGAUCCGACCCCUGUAUACCGAGGAACAAGGCAGGAUCAACAAUCCCGAGGUUGAAUCGUCUCUCAAGAACCGGCCACUCCAUUUAUCCGAGUUUGGGAGGACAGAAUCUCCGCUCCUCGAGAAGCAAUCACAAAUCAUCGACAGCUGCAAAUUUGCGCAGGAUCAAGCUCCGGUACAAGUCUAUACCGUAUCUCAUCCACUAGGCGCUCUCAUUCAACAUCCCUCACUCCUCAAGGCAUCACCCAAACCCUGUUACGACGUAGCGCAAGAAUCCGCACCAAUCACCACAGUCGCCGUGUCCACCGCCAGCGGAUUCAUGCUGACUGGCCACCGCGACUGGAUCAUUCGAUUGUGGAUGGCACAUGUCUCCGAGCCAAUAUCCUUCAAGGCCCAUACAGGCUCUGUCCUGAUUGUGUGCUUCUCCCCUUGUGGCACCAGAUUUGCCUCUGGCUCAACGGACAAUAGCGUAAGGUUAUGGGAUAUCGGUGUUCAGGCGGUCUGUGAAGCAAUGACAGGCCACCGGGACGCCGUAGUCUCCCUCGAUUGGUCGCCCUGCGGCGGGUAUAUCGUUUCUGGCUCAAGGGAUCACACCUUGCGCAUUUGGAAUACCAGUACUCGCGAGCCAGCUGGCAAGGCAAUGUCAAAUAGUCUUGGCCCAAUCACACAGGUUAAAUUCACUACCGACGGGCUCUAUAUUGCGUCUUCCUCCUCCACAGGCGUCUUGGCAAUAUGGAGCGCUCGUAAUCGCAAGCUCCUUGCACGGGAAAACGUGUCUACAGGCAUCGUACAAGUCGCCUGGAGCUCUCAAAAUAUCUUCGCCCGGCUCCAAAGUGGCAUUGUGCAGGUUUGGGCGUUUGAUUCCACCCGCAACAAGCUUUCGCUGGUAUCCUCGCUCGCACAUGAUGCCGUUCUUUUACCAUCCCAACGAUCCCCUCACUUACUCAUAUCCUCUCCUGUGGUAUUCGGUCCCUGUCCGGUGUGCGAACAACACCCCACCCCCAGUCAAGGGCACAAAUAG